UUCGUUUUUUAUCAUAUUUUAUGAUUUUCAUUUACCUAUUUAUAUUUAUAAACAAACGGUAUUAUUAAUUUGAGAUUUUGAUAUCUUUAUAACAUCUAUUACAUGUGCUGUGACUCAAAUGUCGUCAUAUAGAAAAUUGGUCUCUUAAAAAAAAGAAAUAAGUUUCCACAAAAUCUUUUUAAGGAAUAAAAAUGGCUCUAAGAACUUAUGGAGAUAAGCCCAUAAGUUUCCAGUUAGAGGAAAAUGGAGAAUAUUAUUGUGUCGGCUCGGAGGUGGGAAACUACCUUCGAUUGUUUAGGGGUUCCUUGUACAAAAAAUAUCCUGGCAUGUUUAGACGACCUAUUACAAAUGAAGAAAGAAAACAUUUAAUUGAACUCGGUUUAAGUCAGCACGUACUUGCUAGUAGUGUUUCAUUAUUGAAAGCUACAGAAGUGGAAGAUAUUAUAGAAGGCAAUGAUGAGAAGUACAAAGCGGUUUCUGUUCAUACUUCAGAACCGCCUAUGCCAAGAGAAGGAAAAUCAAAGAAAAACAUGCAAUGGGUGCCAUCGUUGCCCAAUUCAAGUCACUUGGAUGCGGUUCCACAAGCUACUCCCAUCAAUAGAAAUAGAGUAGCAGCUAAAAAGGUUAGGACUUUUCCGUUAUGUUUUGAUGACACAGAUCCACAAAUAAAUAGCGAAAAUGCUUGUCAAGCAGAAAUACUAGUUCCAAUUAGGCUUGAUAUGGAAAUAGAGGGUCAGAAAUUGAGGGACACUUUUACCUGGAAUAAAAACGAGAGUUUAAUUACCCCUGAACAGUUUGCAGAAGUUUUAUGUGACGAUUUGGAUUUGAAUCCGUUAACUUUUGUGCCGGCAAUAGCACAGGCAAUCCGACAACAGUUAGAAGCAUUCCCAGCAGAGCCGCCAAGUAUAAUUGAAGAAAGCUGCGACCAAAGAGUCAUUAUAAAGUUGAAUAUACACGUUGGAAACACUUCCUUGGUAGAUCAGGUAGAGUGGGAUAUGAGCGAAAAGCAGAACAAUCCAGAAGAUUUUGCCUUGAAACUUUGUGCGGAAUUGGGGUUAGGCGGGGAAUUUGUCACGGCAAUUGCCUAUUCCAUUCGUGGACAGCUCUCUUGGCAUCAGAGAACUUAUGCUUUUAGUGAAGCUCCACUUCCCACUGUGGAGGUACCUUUCAGGACACCCAGUGAAUCGGAUCAGUGGGCCCCUUUCCUGGAAACCCUUACUGACGCCGAAAUGGAAAAGAAGAUUAGGGAUCAAGAUAGAAAUACCCGCCGAAUUAGGAGGCUGGCGAAUACAACACCCGGAUGGUAGAAUAAUAUUGCGUAAAGCACAUAUUGUACUCGUUCGAACAUCUAUGUUGAUUCUGCUUCAAGUGUUUACAUUUAGUUUGUCGCAACUAACAAAAUUAUUUAUACAAGUAAAUUCUAUAGGUAUAUUCCCUAAAUCAUAUAUAAUUGAUUUGCAAAAAAAUUGAGGAUUAUCAAUUUUAAUAAUAUUUGUAAAAAAUAUAAAUGAUGAACACUCAUUUUUAUUCUUCAA